CUCUCUCUCAGAUCAAAGGUGAGGCUCCGCCUCUACCACCACCCUAGCAUCCUGUACAGAAUUUCCAACUAGAAUUAUUUUUAUUUUUCGUAGUUUUUAAUUUUUAGCUCUCUAUUUUAAUUUAAGAGGACUAUCAAUCCAUGGCUUCUUCUUCUUCGACCAAGAAAGCCGCGGCGGAUCGGAUAAAAGGUCCGUGGAGCCCAGAGGAAGACGAAGCGUUACAGAGGCUGGUCCAGAGCUACGGCCCGAGGAACUGGUCUCUGAUCAGCAAAUCGAUCCCUGGUCGAUCCGGUAAGUCGUGCCGGCUACGGUGGUGCAACCAGCUCUCGCCGGAGGUGGAGCACCGGCCGUUUACUCCUGAAGAGGACGACACCAUAAUUCGAGCCCAUGCCCGGUUCGGAAACAAGUGGGCCACCAUCUCUCGCUUGCUCAAUGGCCGCACCGAUAACGCCAUUAAGAACCACUGGAACUCCACGCUCAAGCGCAAAUUCUCGUCCUUCUCCGACGACAUGUCGCCCGAGCAGCCUCUCAAAAGAUCGGCCAGCGUCGGGGCGGGUACAACAGUGUCGGGUUUGUACAUGAACCCGGGUAGCCCAUCCGGAUCCGAUUUGAGCGAUUCUAGUUUACCCGGCGUGAUUCCUCCCUCGCAAGCCGUGCGGCCGGUCGCUCCGGUAGCGGAUCCACCGACAUCGCUCAGCCUGUCGCUUCCCGGAUCCAAUGAAGGGCCGAAUCAUCAGAGGUCAGCAUCCGGAUCCGGAUCCAGUUGGGUUGUGAGCCCAAAGCCCAAGGCCCAGAUAGUUCAACUUCAACCUCAAGUAAUUCAAGCUCAACCUGAAGAAGCUGGAGGUGGAGAGGCGGCGCGCCAGGGCAACCAUAACAGUGAGGCGGGGAUUGAUAAGCAGUUCUUCAGCGCAGAGUUCUUGGAUGUGAUGCAAGAGAUGAUCAGAAAGGAAGUGAGAAACUAUAUGUCUGGGGUUGAUCACAAUGGGAUGUUCAUGCACACUGAAGCUGCCAUUAGAAACGCAGUUGUAAAGCGGAUUGGGAUUAGCAAAGUGGAGUAGUGAUCCCAGAGAUAGAGAGAGUGACGUAGCCCUAGGAUUAUGAAUCUAUGAUCCGAGAGACCCAGGAUGGUGAUCAAAGUUAGAGUCCUGUCCGAAAAAGCUUCGGAGUUGGGCAGCCAAAAAAAGAUUAAGCUCUGUUAUUAAAUUUCCCUUUUUUUUUUUUGUUUUGUUAAAAGUAGCAGUCGGAAUAAUUUUGGUAGUGUACAGAGGAGGAACAAA